UCCUCAUUCUCUGCGAAGGAGUUUGCUGAAAUGAGUGGACGAGGGAAAACCGGGAAGGCCAAGAACAAGCCCAAGUCUCGCUCGUCCCGGGCCGGACUGCAGUUCCCGGUGGGCCGUGUUCACAGGCUCCUGAGAAAGGGUAACUAUGCUGAGCGGGUGGGUGCCGGAGCCCCGGUCUAUAUGGCUGCUGUGCUCGAGUAUCUGACGGCUGAAAUCCUCGAGUUGGCCGGUAACGCGGCCCGGGACAACAAGAAGACCCGCAUCAUCCCCAGACACCUGCAGCUGGCCGUCCGCAACGACGAGGAGCUCAACAAGCUGCUGGGAGGGGUGACCAUCGCUCAGGGCGGGGUGCUGCCCAAUAUCCAGGCCGUGUUGUUGCCCAAGAAAACGGGCGGGUCCACCAACCCCAAGGCCAAGUAAAGAGAUAAAGCGACAAUUUAAAAACCCAAAGGCUCUUUUCAGAGCCACUCAGAUUGUCUGUGGAAGGGCUGAGCACCGACCGGGGUGAGUCCGGGGCAUUUCCGUUCAAAGGGUCUGUCGUAGACAAGGGCUUAAACUCAAUCUAAAGUGCAUUUCCUUCCCCGAAUAGAAACCAGUAUUUAUCUCCGCACUUUACCGGGUUUUACCAAUUUUACUGCGCAUUUGACCGAAAAUGAAAGUCCCCCGCCCCCGCUUCCUGGUUAAUGCAGAGCGAUGCUUGAUUGGCGGUAAAUCGCCUAACGUAAUUGGCGAGUGUAAACGCCCAAUCAGAGAGCGGCCUUGUUUACCGAAACAUUGAAAUUUGAGAAGUCCUCCACGAGUAAGUUUUUAUAGAACAGUCCAAAAGUAAAUAACUACAGAUGUGUGCGAAUAGGAGCCAUCACAUGACCCUGAUCCAUUUAUACUAUAA